CGCUAAACUGAUGAGACACAUCAGUUACCCUCGAGGGGAAACAGUAAAACUUUGUGGUAAACAUGUUAUCAGGGAAGCUCUUGUGCCUUCUUCUAGCUCUUACUUUUUACUCUUCUACAAACACCGGUGCUGUGGACGUUACAGUGUCUAGUGGAGAUACUGCCUUUCUACCAUGUCCUUUACUCUUCAAGUACAGUGACUUUAUGAAGAUCCGUGUUAAGUGGGUAAAGGAUGAAGUCAAGGAGCCAAGUUUAUGUACAUAUUAUAUUUUCAGUAAUGAAACUCUCAGUAUCUCUCAAUGUGGACCUCGGUUUAAAGUAAAUACAGAACCUUUAGGGCUGAAUAUAACAGGUGUUGAAAGCAACGAUGCUGGUGUUUAUAAAUGUGUGAUGACCAAAUUAAUACCACCACCAGCAGCAGAGAACUCUUCAACCCUGACGCUUAAAGUUUCAUCUUUUACCCUGCAGCUGAUGAACAGCACUAAUUCCUCCUGCGUGGAGCUGCUCUGCUCUCUGAAGGGUUUAAAACCACAGCAGGUGAACUUCACAUGGACCAGAGCAACUCAGCUUCUUUACCAUCAUGAGUCCAGCAGCAUGAGAAGCACACUGACGCUCUGCAAGCCGCACUGGACAGACGGAGAGACACUCACUUGUCAAGCCAGUUACUCAAACAACCACACACUCUACAGCAAGAGCAUCACGCUUCCAUGCGACUCAGGUUCAUUUGUGCAUUUGAUAGUCCUUGGGACCCUUGUCGGCUUAUUGAUUGGCACUGCUUUGUUCAUUGAGGUUUACUAUCAAUGUCUCACUGCACGCCGUCGCCAGUCUACUGCUGAUGGGAUUGUUACAUCUGAACUUGUCUCCUCCUCACAGGUUUAGUCCAUCAGCAGCACAAACUGAAACAAGAAAGAGGUUUUGAUGACUUUAGAAGUGCCAUUACUAUUGUGUAACACCAGAUAUUACUCCUCCCAGCCAGCAGAGGUCGCAAUCUCCCAAAUUCAACUACAACUUCUGCCAGCCACUUCUAGGUCACAGUAUAUACUGCAUACAGAUCAUCCAUACCAUUAAAACCACCUGCCUAAUAUUGUGUAGGUCCCCCUUGUGCCACCAAAACAGCUCUGACCCAUCAAGGCAUGGACUCCACAAGACCUCUGAAGGUGUGCAGUGGUAUCUGCCACCAAGACAUUAGCAGCAGUUCCUUUAAGUCCUGUAAGUUGUGAGGUGGGGCCUCCAUGGAUCGGAUUUGUUUGUCCAGCACAUCGCAUAGAUGCUCGAUUGGAUUGAGAUCUGGGGAAUUUGGAGGCCAAGUCAACACCUUGAACUCUUUGUCAUGUUCCUCAAACCAUUCCUGAACAUUUUUUGCAGUGUGGAAGGGUGCGUUAUCCUGCUAAAAGAGGAGAGAGUAAUUUUAAUGUUAUGGCUGAUUAGUGUACAUACCCAUCAAGUUCAGCAACACACUGCAAGGUCUUGUCAACACUGUGACUGUGUAAAUUAUGAGCCUAGUAGUUCUGCUGAUUUUCUAUGCUGUGUCUAACUGCUCUCUCAGUUUAUCCUUGAGCUUACCCUUCAUCCUGGUUAUACUGUCUUCUUGUCUUUUGUCUGCUUGUGUUUUCAGUGUUUAUCCAUUCUGAGUUUGGUUUGUGAUUUUAGGUUUGUAUGACUGGACUUAUAAUAAAGUGCCUCUGAAUAUGUUAGAAACACUCUC